GUUAUCUUAAGUCAAAACCUGAGAACAUCAUAAUCAACAGAUGCAUGAUGCACACCCGAACAGCAUGCUCUAGAGCAAUGAUAGUGGUAGGAGGGUGGUGGUCGACCAUCCUCAUAAUACACUGGUCAACUCAGACCUCAGAUUGGUCACUGGGCCCAUCCCCUGCCGAGCGACCACCGUCGUUCAUGCAGGAACCAGGCAUAGUGCUGUACUGUACCUACAUGGGUUCUGAGCCGGUGCCCCAUCUAUAGUUCCCCAUUAAUGUACCUCUCACAAUUCUCCAACCAUCGUCAGUUGUGGAUUCCGAUCAUGGUUCCAUGUGCACUCCGUAUGUGGCUGCUUCGCGCCUGCACAUUCCUCCACUUGGCCACACAUUGCUGGAGUGGAAGGAAGACCGACAGUGCCUGUCUAAUGAUGAUGACUGGCUGGGGAAGAACGGUGGCCGUAACCUUCGUAUAUCUUAGUGCUGGGACAAUCGGGUUUAGAUCUGCCCGUCGCGAGGCACCUUUUCACCAAUUUCGGUACCGUCCCAGAAAGCAGGACAGGACAGUUCCAGGGGUCAGCGGAGUGGGAAUAUCGGGCAGACAAAAAGAAUCAGGAAUCGGAGAAAGAGAAAUAAGCAGAGAAGAUAAAAGAAAAAGGGGGGGGUGCUGGUUCGAUGAUUCUCCAACUUUUUUUUCUCCCUUCUUCCAAUGCGGAUCGAUUAAGUCAUGCGUGAUCGGAAGCCAUCUUCAACGGCGCGCGG